AUGGCAUGCUCACCGCUGCUGAGUGAAGAGGACUUAUAUCGAUUUAGGACUAAGCAAUGCUUACGAUUAGCUAAAGGAAUGUGCAAGUUUGGGGUUGACAGGUGUCAAUACAGUCAUAAUGGCGAGUGGAUAAGGAGAAGCCCGUACUAUAUAUCUUUACCUUCUUACCUUAGGUAUAUUCCUGUAUCAUGUCCAUUCUUCAUAAAAAAUGUAAAUAACAACAAUAAUGAACAAGAUAAAGAGAAAAAGAAUACUAUUAUAAAAAAUAGUGUAUUUCUGACUAACAAAGAUGGAAGUGUAAAUAAUAAUUUUUAUAAAUAUAUUGAAGAAACAAAUAUUCAUAAAUGCCCUUUAGGUGUAGAAUGUCCAUUAGCACAUAGUAAAGAUGAAAUAGAGUAUCACCCUCUUGUUUAUAAAACGAAAAGAUGUGAAAAUUAUAAACAUGCUAAUUGUAAUAGGUAUUACUGUCCUAAUUUACAUGGAUUAGCUGAACAAAGAAAGAUUAAACAAUAUUUUAUUCCAUUUUCAAAUAAAAUUCAUAUUCCACAUUAUCCAAAUGUUACUAUAGUUAAUAAAAUACAGUAUGGCUCAUUCAAAGGGCAAAAUCAAAUUAACUCUUCCGAUAAAAAGGACAUCAUAAUACGACCCUUUAAUUCAUGUUCUUAUGAUUUUCAUUUUAUGCAUGUGAGUGAGAGAGACUCUAAUAUAGACGAGAGUAUGAAAUAUGGAGUGAACAGUAGUAUUAUGGAGAACAUAAAACAUAACAUGGUGAAAAGCAGUACGAAUAAUAAUAAGGGAUACGUUAAUAGUUAUAAUACUAGUAACAGCUACAAUCGAAAGGAAGAAUAUAGAAUAGUGCCAAAUGGUGGGGGGAAGGACCGAAAAAUUAAAGAUUUCAAAAGCAAUUCAAUUAAUGUACCAUGUGAUGAAAAGAAUAUAGUGAAGACAAGAGGAACCAGCUAUUCUACGGGAUAUCCCAUUUGGUGUUCCUACAUAUUAAAGAACAAUGGAAAUUCGUUAUCAAAAAAAAAAAAAAAAAAUUCUAUUUUUAGUUAUUUGAAUAAUUAUGAUGAUGAUAAAUCUAAGUUAUAUUUGCACAUAUUAAACAAGUUUCCAUACUUGUUUAAUUUGAAUGUUACUGACAUUCAUUCGAACAGCAGUUACUUGGGACCAGUAAACAUGACCAAGUUGCCAAAUCGUUCAGUUUUGGACGAUAAUACUACGAGUGUACUUCAUGCCAAAAACAAUGCCAGAGCCAUGUUUGACCCAGUCAUCAUUGAUGGAGAUACUCCUGGAACAACUCCUUCCUCUGCAGCCGGAUGUAGUAGAGAAAACAUUUUCUCUAAAUUUUCUGCAAAGGCAGAUGGAGUAACGGAUGCCGACAGGAGGGAAGAAAUACAAUAUGAAAUGUUUGAAGAGAAAACUAAACAUUUAUUUUUAAACAACACAUAUUACGAUAUAAUAAACCAUAUUUUAAAAAAAAAUUUAGAAAUUACGAGAAAUAAAAUAAAACAUGAACACAACUCAUCAAGUGCAUUAAUCGACUUAGAUAAUUCUCAAAAAAACUGUUCAAAUGAUCUUGUUAAUUUGGAAUUUAUUAAACGUUGCACAAGUCAAAAAGGGAACACGGAUGAGAUACAAAUUGAAUCGUAUGACAGCUUUUUAAAUUUAUUAAGCUAUGUACUAUGCUUGCUUUAUUUUACAACAAAUUCAAGAGCACAUUCCUCAUUCGACUUGUAUGCACAGCAGCUGGCCAAACAUCUACAUAGUGAAAGCAAGAAAAUGAGGGACUUUUCCAUGGGAACAAAUAUGAACAAAGCGGUAAAAGAACUAUUUUAG